ACACAGAACCUGCAGAACCUUCACAUACACGCCUAGACUUAUGGCUUCCCUUCGCAAUUUUCUCCUCGACGUCCUCGUCCUCUUCAUCCUCCUCUCAAAUCUCAUGUUUAUUGUUGCCAAUCACCUGUCAUCUGACAAACCACAGACUUACAUUAUCCAUGUCACACACCCUGAAUCUGACGUAGAAGAUGUUCAGUCUUGGUACGACGCCUUCUUGCCAGAGAGAUACUCUCCAAACUCAGAGAAUCGAUCCCGAAUUCUCUACGCAUACCAACGGGUCAUGACGGGUUUCGCAGCGAGACUCACUCGUGGUGAACUCGCUGCGAUCAAAGAGAAGAGGGGAUUUAUUGCAGCUCACUUGGAGAAGACAUAUCAUCUCCAAACGACCCACAGUCCCCAAUUCCUGGGCUUACCACAGCAACCGGGAUCCUCGAGGGGUUCAAAUCUGGGGAAGGGGAUCAUCAUUGGGAUCCUCGACACUGGAGUAUCGCCCAACCAUCCUUCGUUCAGGGGAAACGGGAUGCCUCCACCGCCAGCUAAGUGGAAAGGAAGGUGCGAUUUUAAACCUUCUGAAUGCAAUAAUAAAUUGAUUGGAGCAAGAUCUUUUCAGAUGUCAGUUAAUGGCAAAGAAUACGCACCUCCGAUGGAUCAUCAGGGGCACGGCACUCACACCGCUAGCACCGCUGCCGGUGCUUUUGUGAAGCCCGCAGACUUUCUCGGGAGUGCCAGGGGCACAGCUGUGGGAAUGGCGCCAAAAGCUCACCUGUCAAUAUAUAAAGUGUGCAAUGAAAGUUUCUGUUCGGCGGCGGACAUACUUGCAGCUAUUGACGCUGCAAUCAUAGAUGGUGUCGAUGUGCUCUCCCUCUCCUUAGGAGGUGGAUCCAUUCCGUUUUACAAAGAUUUUGUGGCAAUAGGCGCAUUUGCAGCCAUUCAGAAUGGCGUCUUUGUGAGCGCCUCUGCCGGGAACUCCGGCUAUUUACCAAGCACAUUAUCAAACGAGGCUCCAUGGAUCCUCACCGUUGGGGCAAGCACCAUUGACAGAGACUUUGUAGCCACCGUGAAACUGGGAAAUGGAGUGGAAUAUGACGGCGAGUCAAUAUUCCAACCACACUUCCCCUCGGACUUACUGCCCCUCGAGUACCCAGGGAUGAUCACUAAAGAAGGGGCUGGAUUUUGUACCCAGGGAUCAUUAGAAGGACUGGAUGUGAAGGGGAAAGUAGUCUUCUGUGACGGAGUUCUUGACCAAGGGCAGGCAGUGAAAGACGCCGGUGGGGCUGCCUUGAUUUUGAUGAGUCAACAAGCUGAUGAAUCCUUCAUCACCCCUGGAAUUUUUGUCCUCCCAGCAUCUAGAGUCAACUACUUUGCCGGGAUGAACAUCAAAGCAUAUAUUAAUUCAACCGAAGAUCCUACUGCCACCAUUGUGUUCAAAGGAACUGUGUUUGCAAACCCAACAGCUCCUGCGGUGGCCCCCUUCUCCUCGAGAGGCCCCAGCAUGGCUAGCCCAGGUAUUCUGAAACCCGACAUAAUUGGUCCUGGUGAAAACAUAUUGGCCGCAUGGCCUUUUCCAAUUGCCAAUGAAACAAAAUCAAAGCUCAACUUCAAUAUGGACUCUGGCACUUCCGUUUCUUGCCCUCACCUCAGCGGAAUUGCGGCUUUGGUAAAGAGGGCUCAUCCCCACUGGACACCUGCGGCCAUCAAGUCUGCCAUCAUGACUUCUGCGGGACAACUGAACCUUGGGAAAGGACCCAUCCUUGAUGAAAGGCUUCAACCUGCGGAUUUAUUUGCCAUUGGGGCUGGCCAUGUCAAUCCACGGAAGGCCAUUGAUCCAGGUUUGGUUUACGACAUUCAACCUGAUGAUUACAUACCUUAUCUAUGUGGUCUAGGAUACACGGACAAGCAAGUGUCAAUGAUCGCUCACAGACCAAUCAAAUGCUCUAGAGUAUCAAACAUUCCUGAGGCAGAGCUGAACUACCCGUCAUUUUCAGUUGCCCUUGGACCUCCACAGACAUUUACCAGGACCGUGACAAAUGUUGGUGAACCAUUUUCAUCUUAUGCAGUCACUGUUGUUCCCCCACAAGGUGUGUAUGUCAACGUGAAGCCUGCCCAACUCAGCUUCUCAGAAGUUCUCCAGAAAGCAACAUACUCUGUCACUUUCCGCCGUGCCAAUUCCACUUAUGAGGCUGGCAAAUACACCCAGGGUUAUCUGAAGUGGGUUUCUGGAAAAUACCUGGUUAGGAGUCCAAUAUCUGUUAAAUUCAAUUAA